AUCUCGGUGUAUUUUAUUCAUCCAAAGUGAGUAAAGCGAGACAUUAAAUCAAAUUAACAUGGCUGCUACAACAAUGAAAGCUUCAUUUCCACUUUUGAUGGUGCUGGGAAUUGCUUUCCUAGCUUCAGUAUGUGUUUCUUCUAGAUCCGAUCAAGAUAACCCAUUUAUCUUUGAGUCUAAAAGGUUCCAAACUCUUUUCGAGAAUGAAAACGGUCACAUUCGUCUUCUCCAAAAGUUUGAUCAGCGUUCUAAAAUAUUUGAGAAUCUUCAAAAUUACCGUCUUUUGGAAUAUAAGUCAAAACCUCACACCAUAUUUCUUCCACAACAAACGGAUGCAGAUUUCAUUCUUGUUGUCCUUAGCGGAAAAGCUAUACUCACAGUGUUGAAACCCAACGACAGAAACUCUUUUAAUCUUGAGCGUGGAGAUACCAUAAAACUUCCUGCGGGAACUAUUGCUUAUUUGGUUAAUCGAGAUGAUGAAGACGAGCUUAGAGUAUUGGAUCUUGCGAUCCCCGUAAAUAGACCCGGUCAAAUUCAGUCUUUCUUAUUGUCUGGAAAUCAGAACCAACAAUCUAUCUUAUCUGGAUUCAGCAAGAACAUUCUAGAAGCUUCCUUCAAUACGGAUUAUGAAGAGAUAGAGAAGAUUCUCUUAGAAGAUCAUGAGAAAGAGACACAUCACAGAAGAGGCCUUAGGGAUAAGAGACAACAGAGCCAAGAAAAGAAUGUAAUAGUCAAAGUAUCAAAGAAACAAAUUGAAGAAUUAAGUAAAAACGCAAAGUCUAGCUCCAAAAAAAGUGUAUCUUCUCAAUCAGAACCAUUCAACUUGAGAAGUAGUGAUCCUAUCUAUUCCAACAAAUAUGGUAAAUUCUUUGAGAUCACUCCAAAGAAAAAUCCACAACUUCAAGACUUGGAUAUAUUUGUCAAUUAUGUGGAGAUUAAAGAGGGGUCUCUAUUGUUGCCACACUAUAAUUCAAGGGCCAUAGUGAUAGUAACAGUUAAUGAAGGAAAAGGGGACUUUGAACUUCUUGGUCAAAGAAAUGAGAACCAACAAGGCCUGAGAGAAGAAGAUGACGAGGAAGAGGAGCAAAGAGAAGAAGAGACAAAGAAGCAAGUGCAAAGUUACAAAGCUAAAUUGACUCCAGGUGAUGUUUUUGUAAUUCCCGCAGGUCAUCCUGUUGCCGUAAGAGCUUCAUCAAAUCUCAAUUUGCUUGGAUUUGGUAUCAAUGCUGAAAACAACCAGAGAAACUUCCUUGCAGGUGAGGAGGACAAUGUGAUAAGCCAGAUACAGAAACCAGUGAAAGAUCUUACAUUCCCUGGAUCAGCUCAAGAGGUUGACAGGCUACUAGAGAAUCAAAAACAAUCUUAUUUUGCAAAUGCUCAACCUCAACAAAGAGAGACAAGAAGCCAAGAAAUAAAGGAACAUCUGUAUUCAAUUUUGGGGGCCUUUUAAUGAGUGAUCAAAUGUUUUGCAUGUAUGCUAUAAAGAACUAUAGCUCAUAAUGAGCAAGGAAUAAAACAUCGUUCUCUUGUAACUAUAAUUAUAACUCCACCUUUCUACUAUGAAUAAAUAAAUCAAGAAUGUUUAUGUGCU